CUUUAAUAUUUAAGGUUAUGUUUAAUAAAUUUGUUUUAAAAACUUUUAAAUAAAGUUUACUUUAACCCAUUUUAAAAAUGCCGGUGUUAUCAAGAAUAAGGGACUUCUUUUACAGGCAUAAAAAUAAGUUUAUUGUUAGCGGUGUUAUUAUUACUGGAUCCAUUCUACUGACCAGAUAUGCCCAACAAAAGUUAAGGGAGUGGCAGGAGCAGCAUGCAAAAGAGUUUUUAGAAAGAACCAGAAAACAACAACAUUUUGAGAGCACAGAACGUACUUGUAAUCAAACUAUUCUUAGUUUGCUCAAUCCAUUACUGGAAUCAUUAUCAAGAGCACUAGAUACUGAUGCAGUUUUGGAAGAAAUAAAAAGAAAUCCAGGGAGUAAAAUUAAACUAUGGGAAGAGCUGAAAGUCAAAAUAUUUGCAAAAGUUACCUGUUUUAUUUACAUUGCUGUUGUAUUAGUAAUCACAUGUAGAUUACAACUUGGUCUAUUAGGUGGUCACCUUUUCAAAAACCCAGACUCUGUUAGUCCAAAUGUUCAAGAAAAGUAUUUGCUUUUGUGUAAUAAACUGCUUCAAGAAGGUAUAGAGAGAUUAUCAACGUUCUUUGAGAAAGAGUACUCAAAAAUAUUAGGACCAUUGUCACUUAAAAAACCAAUGAAAUUAGUUGACUUAGAGAAGAUAUUUUGGGAUGUACAAACAGCUACUAAAAACAGUGUGUUGGAUCCUGUAGAACAUAUGAAAGAGUAUAUAAUUCCAAAAGAUAAACAAACAAAUCCUAAAAUUUAUGAUGACAUGAUUCAGGACACUGCUGAUAUAAUAGAAAGUGACGAAAUAAAAACUUUGGCAACUUCAUGUAUUAGUAGGGGCUUCAUUUUAUUAGGUGACAGCAUUUCUGAAUUUUAUAAGCCACAGAAAAAUGAAACAGGAACAUCAAAUGAUACAUUUAUUCAUCCUUCCCAAAUUGAAAUAGCACUUGCCAAAUUAAUUCCUAUUCUGUCUGGUAUUAUGACUAAAAAUGCCUUCCCAGAACAUUUAAUACAACAGUUGAUUACACAUGAUAAGCUUAAAGUCUUAAGUGCAAAUAUAUAUGAAGCUUUUAGUUAGUCAUUUCAAUUUUAUGUUUUGGAUUACAAUGUGAUACUUUAAGUAAGACACAUUUUGGGUAAAGGAAUUUAAAAUUAAGGAAAAGAGAAAUGUAUCUGUGAUUGAAACUUAUUAUAGGUACCAUAUAAAUCAUUGUCAGAUCAGUAUGGUGAAUUUCGCUCAGAUUGAUUUUAGUUUUGUAUAAACUUAAAUAAACCUAUUUUUGUGAGCAAAAUAUAAAUUGAAAGCCAGUUUUGGGACUAGCAAAUCAGUUAACUCGUAAAAUCACCUAGAAAUUCUGUUUUCAUAGUUUAAUCACUUAAGCAAAACUCUUUCAAGAUUUAUAUUGCUUUUUUAAUUUUAAAAUGAAAGUGGACAGUGUCACAGUGAACUUUUUCUUAGUUUAAUAGACAUGUAGCUUUCAUUAGGUGCCACUUCUAUAUAUAUAAAUGGAAGAACUCCAACUUUUCAGAUUUAUAAAAAAAAUGCUUCUUUUCAAAAUGAAAGCGUUUUACAUAAUGUAUUUCUAAUUAAAGUACUUCUACUUGUUUAAACUACUUUAAGACAAAAGAUAUUGUAAAAAGUUAUCAGAAGUUGUAAAGCUUUGUUAUAGUAUUAAUUGAUUACAACACGAAAAAUUUUUUGGAAAUAUGAUUUUAUUGUAAGUUAUAUGUAAAUCUUUAUUAGUAAGGAGCACUAGUUUCCAAAUAUUUAUA